GAUCUUUGUAAUUAUCUUCACUGUCUUUUUUUCUCUCUUCAAAGUUGAGAGCUUUGGUUUGGUUUCAGUCACUGAUAGAGAGAUUCACAUGAUUACAGUAAGCAAAGUAUAAAGGUAGUAAUCGAAGAAACAAGCGACAAUAGGAGAAGAAGAAGAAGAAGGAGCGUGAGAUUUCUGGAGCCAUGGGAGGUGGCUAUGUGUUUGGCUCGGCCAGAUCGGGACAGACAGCAAUGGUGGCUCUCGUCCUCGUGGUUGGAUCUUUCUUCGCCGGAUACAUCUUCGGAAACAACGCACCUAUCUACAUUCCCCAACCUUCUUCUUCUUCCUCUUCAUCUUCUCCAUUCCCAUCUGGUCCAUCAGAUUUCGCCAACAGGAUAGAGCUCACUCACCGGAGAACUCCCCUCGUGAUCUCGGAAAGAGGGGUGGAUGUAUGUCCGUUGGAGUUCAACGAGUACAUCCCUUGCCACAACGUCGCUUACGUGCAACAGCUUCUCCCAAGCUUGAAUCUUUCCAGAAGAGAAGAGCUCGAGAGACACUGCCCUCCACUUGAUCAGCGUCUCUUCUGUCUUGUACCUCCUCCCAAAGACUAUAAGAUACCGAUUCGCUGGCCGACCAGCAGAGACUACGUCUGGAGAAGCAACGUGAACCAUACGCAUCUUGCUGAGGUCAAAGGAGGGCAGAACUGGGUGCACGAGCAAGGCGACCUGUGGUGGUUCCCUGGUGGCGGUACUCAUUUCAAACAUGGUGCUCCUGAAUACAUCCAGAGGUUAGGAAACAUGACGACUAAUGAGACUGGUGAUUUGCGUUCAGCUGGUGUUGAGCAAGUGCUUGAUGUUGGAUGUGGAGUUGCUAGCUUUGCAGCUUAUCUUCUUCCUUUGGGUAUAAAGACCAUGUCCUUUGCUCCUAAAGACGGUCAUGAGAACCAGAUCCAGUUCGCGUUGGAGAGAGGUAUCGGCGCAAUGAUCUCUGCCAUAGCCACCAAACAAAUGCCGUAUCCCGCGUCCUCCUUUGAUAUGGUUCAUUGCUCAAGAUGCCGUGUUGAUUGGCACGAAAAUGACGGUGUGUUGAUUAAAGAGGUGAAUCGUCUUUUGCGACACAAUGGAUACUUUGUUUACUCAGCACCACCUGCUUACAGAAAGGAUAAAGAUUUCCCUUUGAUUUGGGAUAAGCUGGUGAACCUAACAACCGCAAUGUGCUGGAAGCUCGUUUCCCGGAAGGUGCAGACUGCGAUAUGGGUUAAAGAGGGUGACGAGGCUUGCCUUAGGAAGAACGCUGAGCUUGAGCUCAUAACUAUAUGUGAUUCGGAAGAUGUUUCAAAAGCUUCUUGGAAAGUCCCUCUUAGAGACUGUGUGGACGUUAGUGAGAACAUACAACAGAAGUCCUCUUCGUAUCCAGCUAGUCUAAGUAAACUAGGUAUCAGCGAAGAUGAGUUUACAUUGGACACAAACUUCUGGAGAGAGCAAGUGAACCGUUACUGGGAGUUGAUGAAAGUUAACAAGACGGAAGUGCGGAACGUGAUGGAUACAAACGCGUACGUCGGUGGAUUUGCUGCAGCUAUGAUGAACUCAUACCCCGUUUGGGUCAUGAACGUUGUGCCUGCUACGAUUAAAGAUACUUUAUCAGGAAUUUACCAGAGGGGUUUAACCGGUGUAUAUCAUGAUUGGUGUGAGGCAUUCUCAACGUAUCCCCGCACAUACGAUCUGCUACACGCGGACAAACUCUUGUCACACUAUCAAAACCACGGUGAAGGUUGUUUACUAGAGGACAUCAUGCUUGAGAUGGACCGCAUCAUACGCCCUCAGGGAUUCAUCAUUAUUAGAGACGAGGAAUCGAUCAUCUCAAAAGUACAAGACUUGGCUCCUAAGUUCCUUUGGGAAGUUGAGACACAUGAGCUUCAAGACAAAUACAAGAAGACACAAACUGUUCUGUUUUGCAGAAAGAAGUUCUGGGCAAUUGUCUGAAACACACACAAGCUUGUCAGAGUUUUUUGGCAGAAAACAUAGAAAAAUCUUCUUUAUUUUUUAUUGUUGUUUGUAAGAGAAAAGAAAUUAAAUACCACUUAAUGUAACUUAUAUGUUCAUCCA